AUGCCCAUCGCGGCCGAGCUGGUGAGCGCGCCGCUGAGCGCCAAGAGCGGCGGCGCGGAGGAGGCGCUGCAGUCACCGGAUAAUCUCGCCAUCCCCGCUAAAGGCGGUCUCGAGGACGCGGAAGCCGCGGUCGCCGCCGUGGACAGGUGUGUGCUGUCUUACGUGGGCUGGGUACUUGCUGAUUCAGAAAGAUGGGUGUUUGCUGGCGUGGCUGACACGGUGGAGGGAAGGCGGCACACUGCUCGUCGACUCGCGCUGCUCUCCUGUUCGGCACACGGCCGCUCGUUGGGGAAGAAAGCGUGGGGGGGAAAGGGGGGGAAGCGCGGCGGCGGCAAGCAACGCGCUGCAGCUGCUGUCGGGGGCGUGCGUUCUGCCGCACCCCGACAAGGCGCACAGAGGAGGCGAAGACGCCUUCUUCAUCCUCGAUGGCGCUGCCGUUGGUCAGUGCUGCCUCUCUCUCGCUCUCGCUCCCAUUACUUACUCACACCCCUUCACGAAUCUAUUCCGCAAUUCUUCAUGCUCUUUCUCCCCAUCCGCUCACCCCUCCCACCCUCUCACCCUCAUUCCCCUCUCUCUCCCCGCUCUUUCCCCUUCUCCACGCACACCCCGUUGCGGCGAGCAGGGGUGGCGGACGGGGUGGGGGGGUGGGCGGAGAUAGGCGUGGACGCGGGGCUGUACGCGCGGGAGCUGAUGGGGCACGUGCAGCGCGCCGUGGAGGACGAGCCCAAGGGCGGCGCGGACCCCAUGCGCGUGCUGGAGAGGGCGCACAGCAGCACCGCCAGCUACGGCUCCUCCACCGCCUGUGUCGCCGUGCUGCAAGCCGACCAACUGCAGGCGGCGAAUCUGGGCGACAGUGGGUUUCUGAUCAUCCGGCACGGGCACGCCAUAUUCAAGUCGCCCUCGCAGCAGCACGACUUCAACUUCCCCUUCCAGCUCGGCAGCGAGGGCGGCGACUCGCCUCUCUCCGCUGAUGUCUACUCUCUCCCCGUGGCACCAGGAGACGUGGUGGUGAUGGGCACGGACGGGCUGUUCGACAACGUGUUUGACAACGAGGUCUCCUCCCUCGUCUCCCACGCACUCCUCCGCGGCCUCUCCCCCCAGUCCACCGCUGAGCACCUCGCUGCCCUGGCCCGCGACCGCGCUCUCGACCGCUUCCGCCUGUCUCCGUUUGCACGCGCGGCGCAGGAGGCGGGGUAUCGGUACAUUGGGGGCAAGCUGGAUGAUAUCACUGUGGUGGUGUCGUAUGUCACCGAGGGGAAAUAG